UAUUGACGAGGAUACACUGGAAGAUGACAACAGUGAAAGAGUGGUGAAUUUAAUAUAUGUUUCGCAAGAUAAUGUUUACAAUAUACCAGCAUAUAUAGCAGGAAAAAUAUGUUCUUUUGAGAUGCCUGCUAGUUCAAUAUGAUUUAGUGAUAUCAUCGGUAGUGGAGAAUUUGGUAAAGUAUAUAUCGGUGAAGCCCAAGGAGUCAAUAGAAAUCUCGAAUGGACAACCGUUGCAAUCAAAACACUCACAGGUUAGUUAAGACCACAGAUCAAAUAUUAUACUGUAAUUGUUUAAAUAAUUGUUUCGCCCAUGUCCAUGCAAGUGGGUAAACGCAUGGACCAUUUUCAUAUAUUCCAGCAAUCGUUAGCUAUAUUGUCCAAAACCGUAGCGUGUAUAAAUUUCCAUCAUCAUGUUUUGUUGAUGGUAGCUGUUGACCAUAAACAAGAGAAAUUCGUUUUAACGCUUAGCACUAUUGGCAGUUGACGUCUACUCUCGAGUAAAUAAUAAGAGGGCAAAGGUUUUUUCGUGAUGUACCUUGUUGCUAUAAAAUUAUCCAUCUCGAAGCGCUUAUCAUGCAUGUACUUAUUUUUGGCUAUCAAAUGAAAGUUCAGGUGAUUGCAUCGCGAGCUAUCAAAAAUAUUAUCAUGGCGUUUUACCAUGACAUAAAAUGAAUUAGGCCUAAAUAAUGGUAAUUUACAAACAUUCGGCAAUAUUUCGGCAAUAUUUCCUUAACAUUCGUCAAUAUAUGACCUCAGUAAUUUCUAAGAAUUCCAAAUUGUAAAUCACUAAAAAUACCUACGUAUGCAUUCGGAAAGGUUGCAGUGACAUAUGUUGUCAUUCAGGUAUCGGCAUUUAAGGAAUCCGCUAACCUCAAUAAAUUAAACAAAUGUUAUAUAGAAUCUGCCAAUGAAGAAGAGCUUAAUGAUGUCUUACGUGAAAUUGAGUUGAUGACUGAUCUUGGAAAACAUGAAAAUGUCAUUCAGAUGUUUGGUUGUUGCACAAGAUGUCGUCCAAUAUGUUUAGUUCUGGAAUACGCCCCAGGCGGAAAUUUAAAAGUUUAUCUGAGGUCUCUUAAACAAAAG